UGACGACCCAGGGCGGCCCCGGAGGCGGCAAGCGUCGCAUGCAGUGCCAGUGCCGCGACAAGACGAGACAACCGCGGCUGUUGGACAUUCGUGACUUUUUUUGCGACCAGCCGGCCAGUCGCCAACACGUCCUCGACCUCUGGGACUCGUCUCGUCUCUCGCAUAGUGCUUGUUGAGCAGUCAUCGCCGUAACACCGCCAGCCAUGGCUGUCACCAAGCUCCAGGCGGCCAAGAGUGCCCAUGUCAACAUGAUGACCGACACCAUCAUCAACAACAUGGAUCCCCAGGGCCUCCGCAUCAUCAUGCGCUCCCUUCUCGCCGCUCACCCGGAAAUCACCUCUACCCUCGAGGCCGAGACCACGAGAUACAUCAACGACGCCGUCUUGCCCGCCAUCAGCGCCCGCUGCUCCCAGCCCAACGGCGCCCACGCCACCAUCACAGGCGGCCCUUCUAGCCUGGACCUCUUCCAGAAUGACCUCCGCACAGUCAGAUGCAUGGUCGGUUGCGGCCAGGUCCUCCAGAGCCUGUCCUUGCUCGGCAGCCUCGUCAGCCAGGCCACGACUCUCUCCCUCCAGAGCCAGAACGGCACAAGCACGGCCUCUUCAAAUUUGGAUAGAGUUCUUGCCGCCACGGGUGGUGAUGUCGUGCAGACCAUGACCGCCAUUGAGAAGACACUCUUCACCUCGUCCGGCUCGCGAAAGCUGACCGACGACGAGCGAUCCUCGAUAAGGCAGCUCUACCAGCCAUUACUGGAGUCACUGGACAAGUGCAGGGCCAGUGACAAGGAGUAUCCCUUUGAGAGAGCGCUCAUCGCCACCGCGAGCUUGUUGGGUGAGCCGCAGCCAGUAUUCGAGGCGAGCAGUGCCAAUGUGUCACAGAACGGGUCUAGACAAGAGGUCAAGGAAACUUUCUCUCUCAACGGGCGUGCGUUGCCUCGCAUCUUCUCGGGGCUAUGGCAACUGUCCAGUCCGGCAUGGGGUUCGGCGCCAACAACAAAAAUCAUUGCUCAGUUCUCAUCACAUGUGGCGAGCGGAUUCACUGCCUUUGACAUGGCGGAUCAUUACGGCGAUGCAGAGAUCUUGGUGGGCAAAUUUCUCUCAUCGUAUCCCGCCAAGGGAGACCUUUUUGCAGCCACCAAAUACUGUGUCUUCCACCCCAUGACCCUCACACGGGAAGCCGUUGAGGCCAACAUUUCAGAAAGAUGCCGGCGGCUGCAGGUCGACCGUAUCGAUCUGCUCCAGUUUCACUGGCAAUUUUACAAUGACCCCACAUACCUCGAUGCCAUUCGGUACAUUGCAGAAGACAAGCGUGUCGCGGCUCUCGGCUUGUGCAACUUUGAUACGGAGCACAUGGAGAAAUGUCUCCAGCAGGGCGUCAAAAUACACAGCAACCAGGUUCAGUUCUCUCUGAUUGACUCCCGUCCCGUCGUCCGCAUGGGCAAGGUUUGCGAGGCCAACGACGUCAAACUGCUUACCUAUGGAACACUGUGUGGAGGUUUCCUCUCCGAGAAGUGGCUCGAUGCGCCCGAGCCCGACCUCUACGACGAGGCCGUCACUCCCAGCCAGCGCAAGUACUACGGCGUGAUCCGCGCCUGGGGCGACUGGUCUCUCUUCCAGGAGCUCCUACGCGCUCUCAAGGCCAUCGCCACCAAGCACGCCGUGGACAUAUCCAACGUCGCCACGCGCUGGGUGCUUGACUUCCCGUACGUCGGGGCGGUGAUUGUCGGCGCGCGGAUGGGCAUCAGCGAGCACACGAGCGAGAACUUGGCGAGUUUUGGGUGGUCUCUGGAUCAGGAGGACCAGGCUGCUAUUGAUGCGGUGCUGGCGAAGAGCCGGCGCAUGGAAAUGUUUGAGGCAAUGGGUGACUGUGGAGGGGAGUACAGGUAAUGUAGAAAGUCUGGCGGUGUCUCUUCGGAAUGAAGACUCCUAUUAAUUUUCACCAUGCUGGCCCCGUAGCUUGAUAUUGGCACAACUUUUAAAUGCGCAAGGUUA